AUGAUCCUCUGUGGUGCAGUGUUGCCGGCUGUAUUCGCAAUUGCUCUGACAUGCCAACCGAUCAAUAUGGUCGCUAUGAAUGAACCUACGAUGGCGCUUGAACCUAUGGCAAAAACGUUCGUCGUACCACCAGCAAAUUUAACCAAUCCGGGUUAUGAAGACAGGCCAAGUCCACCGCCAGAAUUUGUUUACGAAACCUAUCCGCCUUCGACUGUUCAACUUUUAUCCCCGACGACAGCUCCAACAACAAAGAGGACGAGUCUGCUGCCUUCUUCCAAAAGGACACUAUAUCCACGAACUGAAACAACUUUUAGCGAUGACUUCACGGUUAAGUGGACCUGUUCAUCAGCAAUGGUACAGAUCGAAACCACUCAUCCAUGGGAUCCUGAUCGAACCAAGAUUCAUCACGAUUUACUCAACAGAAACUUGUUACUGCUUCAACACCACUCUGGUACAAAUCUUCGCGAAUUUGGUAGCGUUCUGCGAAAAAUUGCAAAAGUGGAAUCAGGCGACAGGCUAGUGUUUGGCGAACUGUUCUUCUUGCCAAAAAUCGCACAACCGUGCGAUGCACUCAGAGAAUUCGUACGCAAGGCAGUCUCAUGGAGUAAAGAUAUCCCACGUGCAGUGGUUGCUUGCCGUUGUGAAACUGCGGUCGAAAUCUACAAAGUAAAAGAACAAGAUUACACAACGUUUCACAUUCUUUGA